GGCGCCAAGGCCCAAGGCCCGUGACGUCGUCACCCGAUGAAUGGGCUAGACUCUCGCAACGUCUCUUGGAUCAACAAAGCAGCCUUUCUGCCUCUUUAGCUUCAAUGGAUACUACUGGCCGUCAAGGUAUUUAUUACGUAUCCAAGGUCUCAGCUCAGUGUGACAGUCUUGGCCUGCUAGCACCACAUUCUUUUUCCCGACAUACCUAAGGGCCCUUGUACAGUAGCACCAGGCCGAUAAGCCGAAAACGUUUUGUAUUGUGAUCGACAAAUGAUACAUAAGCAGCAGGCCACUUCUAAGAAUCCCUCUAAAUCUGUCAGUCAGAUGCCAUUGAGCACACCGCCACCUGUUUCUUUUGCAAAAUGGGGUUAAGCCAGUCGACUGAACUUGGCCAGGCCUCCUCGCCAGAGGAACUGAGUCACAUGCUUGCUGAACGCUUCGCGACCAAAUGCUUCACCCCUUUAGAAUUAACCCACUUCAAGGACAACUUCUUUACCCGUGCGACGGGACAAGGGGACUUGAAGUAUUGGAAUGAAAAGAUCUUGUCCGACUUUCUUGCUAUACCAGAUAGCAGUGAUGCCGAAUGUCCACUGGAUGCUGGUCCGGUGAUCUUCCGUAUGGUGUCGUAUCUGGGGGCCUUCCCUUUCCAGAACACUUUGGCUCCGAGCGUACUGACAUUCGAGGCGAUGGUUAAAGUGGUUGUCUUGCUAACAGAGAGAUAUGGGAAAGUCUUAAGACGAGCGCGGAAGGACAGGAUUAGGCUGCUGUUUGGGAGCCUUGCUGAUGUAGGAAGGAAAGACGUUGACCAGCCGGCCCACGAUGAGAAUUCUAAGCAAGAUAAGGACGAUUCUGCCGCUACUAGGCCCCAUGCGCCUGGAUUUUCUGUGGACGAGCCUACAAACGAUGACUACGAAGAUGAUGACGACGAUCUUGCGCUUGCGGCUUUGGAGUCUUUAGACGCGAUUGAAGUGUUCAGGCACGACUUUCGCAUUGAUAAGGCAGUGUAUGAAGCUCGGAUAUCCACUGCCACAUUUCGUCGCCUUCUGAUGCUACUGCUUGUGAUCUCACCUCUAAAGCCCCUAGAACCAGUCAAGACAUAUACGUCCGACUUGAAUGAUAGGCGUAUGCGAACUGUAAGGAAGCAAGCCGACGAUAUCCUAGCAGCAUUCCCCCAGGAAGAGUCGGGAGGCAUUACCUAUAAAGCUUUUGCUAAAACCAUUAAUACAUCGUUGCCAUAUCUAUUUGAUCCUUUGACAUCACUAUUCGAGCAUCUUCUUUUCAGCAAGAAUCUGAACCUGUCCCAGAAGCGUGGUCAAAGCGACUCAACAGAGCCUACAGAUGAGGCACCAGAGACUCCCUUGCCAUCGCCUACAUCAAUUACGCUCCCGGGUAGCUUCGAAUCUGCGAUAUUGAACCCAAGCAUUGUGUCACACCUGUCAUUCUUCCUUCCGUCCACCAACGGCAGCGAGAACCUUCUCCGUGACAACUUGCGUCUGCAUCCCAUCUUCUCCACGGCAGCGCAUGGCUCAUCUCUUACUUCGUUCUCUCACAAUGUUCUUACAUGGCAGUCAGGCACAUUAUUGCUUCUCGAAGGCGCCGUUUCUGAGCCGUCUGGUGAGCGUAUGGUCACACUAGGAGCAUAUCUGCCACAACCCUGGAAAUCCGGGUCGUCGACCCACAGUUCUCGACUUUUGGAGACGUCUACCCUUCCUUGCCUCUUCCAACUGUCGCCAAAACACAUACUUCUGCCCGGAAACCCAUCAUCUUCAAUACAGAAUCCCGACACUCCCGCAGCGUAUUUUUCUAAUCACUCGGGUAUUUCGCUUGGCUGUCGAAUACCGCCGACAUCCCGGAGCCAACGCCUACCCCCCUCACCGUUGGGCGCGGGAAGCCUAACGAUAGAUACGAGUCUUGAGACGGCAGAAUUUCAUGUAGCCCCAUUUGGGCAUAAUGGUGUCUUCCUCCCUGCCGGUACCAGCUCAACUUCGGACAAACCAACCAAAACGCACAUUGACAUUUACAACCUUGAGCUAUGGGGGUUUGUCCCUGAUCCUGUUGUUCCUUCCUCCGAGAAGAGUGCCAUCGAACUACAAAAAGCGAAGUGGGACUUCGAGGCGAGGGAAGCAGAAAGAAGGCGAAGCCUGAAUAUAAAGGCCGGCGCAGGAGAUUCAGCUAUGGAAGGAGCUAGAUGGUUACUAGAAACAGCAGGGAUAAUUGGCGAUAGUCACGGACGAGGAAGUAUUUGAUGAUAAAUGAGAUAUUGGUUUUAUAUUCUGGAGGCGUUCUGGAGGUAUAUUAUAUGUGAUGCUGCGGGCAGUGAAUUGGGUCUAGUUAAUGAAUACAUGUCUUUUGAUGAGUGAAUAUGGGACAACGGGC